ACCGCCAAUUGGAUCGAAGGAGGAAGAAGCGGGAGACCCCGGUGUUCUGUGGAGACCUACGGCCGUGUUAAGUAAAAACACUGACCUGCUACUUUUAAAUGUUAUCUAUUCGCUCCAGAGCAUUAGAAGCGAGUUUUGACACCGAAUUAUAACAUAUAGAGUCUGAAUCUAAAGCGAAUCUUCAUUAGAUAUUAUCGUAUGACGCUCUAAAAGUGAGCAUCAUACGAAUCUUCCAUUGCGCAAGCUUUUGGUUGUACGCAUGCGCAUAGCUGAAUAAUCCCACAUCUCGAUAGAUAGCAUUAUUCGACGGAACACCUUCUACGAGCGGUACUUCUACAAUCUACAGCGACCGACGGUUAUCAAAGAGAAGUAAGACGGAAAAGUUCAGGUAAACCAGACUUUUGUGAGGAUUUUUUGAGUUUAAUUUAAUGUUUUUAUUCAGUAACGGUCAUGUUUACUUGCAUGUAGCUACUUCUGCUAACGAAGCUAUCAAUAAGACACCGCUGAGUUUGUUCUCCUAAUAUUCAGUCUCAGACAAAGCCGAGCAGAGGUUCGAUCUGAGUAUCGAUCCCCCUUUUCUUUCUUUGAUAAAUAGUGUGUUAUGUUAAAAAUACUGGAUUUACUCGAGUGUUGAGGAGUUUUCUCAGCAUGUUUUCAUCCUCCCUCUCAGGUCUCAGGUCUGUGUUGCUAUGAGGUUGGAUUUGAGCUGAUAAACAGAGGAGAUCCAGGUGUGUACAGGUGUAGGAGAGGGCCAUGGAUGAGACGUUUGCAGGCAGCUCUUCUGAGCCGGACAGUCCUGGAGAUUUGGACCGAGGCUGCCUCCUGGACCCGGCUGAUGUCCUGUUCGAAGACCUGUCCGUCAUGGUCCCUGUAACACCCAGGUAACACAGAUACAGGUGGUUCAGACUAGACCUGCUCAUGUGGGAAACAAGUUAUCAUCUGACCUACUGAGUCUACUCCUGCCGCUGUAGAGAAGGUUGUUAAAACCAGGUCCAUUUACGAGAUUAAGUAAGACACGUUAGAAAGACUGUCUUUAAACAAGAUCAUUCAGACACAGGUACACCUUUGAGGAAGUUUUUAUUGAACUGGUGAAACUGAAAAAACAGGCCAUACAUGUCGUACAUACGUGUACAACAUCCGGAAAGAUGAACAAAGUGCUUUACACAGUCAUCGUCGUUUUCUUCCUCUUCAUCUUGGUCCGGGUCGCAGGGGCAGCAGCUUCAGGAGGGAAGCCCAGACGGCCCUCACCCCGGCCACCUCCACCAGCUCCUCCUCCUCCGGGGGGAUUCCCAGGUGCUCCCAGGCCAGGAGAGAGAUAUAAUCCCUCCACCUGGUCCUGGGCCGGCCACGAGGUCUCCUCCCGGUGGGACAUGUCUGGAACACCUAUAACAGGAGGCGUCCAGAAGGCGUCCUAACCAGAUGCCCGAGCCACCUCAGCUGACUCCUCUCCACGUGGAGGAGCAGCGGUUCUCCUCUGAGCGCCUCCCGAGUGUCCGAGCUCCUUACCCUAUCUCUAAGGCUGAGCCUGGACACCCUGAGGAGGAAACCCAUUUCAGCCGCUUGUAUCUGCGAUCUUGUUCUUUCGGUCAUUACCCAAAGUUCAUGACCAUAGGUGAGGAUCGGCACGUAGAUCGACCGGUAAAUCCAGAGUCUCUCCUGACGGCUCAGCUCUUUCUUCACCACCACUGACCGCUCUGAUCCACAUGUCGAUUUACACAGUCAGAUACAGGAAAAAGCCUAAAAAGUGAUGAAACAAUGGAGGUGAUGAUGAGCAGAUGCUGCCAGGAUCUGUGACAGUCUGGAGCCCAGACUCUGGACUGUUGUCUUCAAGUGUGAAGGAGAAAAGAAGAGCGUGGACGUCUGUCGGGUCUCCUUCUUGUUCUGUAGAAAAUGUAAAUCUGAUUCCAGGAAACAAACUCUGGAAGUUUUGGUUUUAGUUUAGUGACUCAGGAGGAAGUGAAAGUUGAUGUCUGCGGGUUUGUUGACUGUGAGACGAUCUUUUCUGCUAAUCGUGUUUGUUUGUAUUUUCAGCCCUGAGCUGGGUAAACGGAGGAGACGUGUUCGCCCCACAGAGGAGUGUUUGGGUCCUGUAAGUCUACAUGUUCAAGGAUGCAGCACUCACAUAUGUUGUUCAUAUUGCUGGUCUCAUAUUGAAGGUCUGUGUUUUUCUCCUCAGGCUCCCGGAGACUCUCCGGAAGUUUCCUCCAGGACUGAACGAGGAUUUUCUCAUAAAUCCAAACGCAGGCGGCUGUCGGCGCCCAGAGGAGAGCAGAAUGUCAGCUUUGUUCCGGCGUCCUCUCUCAUGGCUUUUCCUCUGAGCAGCUGGUUGGAGGCAUCAUCCUCCUGCUCUUCUUCUUCUUCCUCCUCAUCGUCCUGCUCCUCUUCCUCCUCCUCUACAUACCUCACUCCGGGUUCCACAGUGGAGGUCAGUCCUGCUCCUCUCCGUGAGAGGAUUAUGCAGCGCCCAGCUUCUCCUCCUGCAGGGGGCUCUGACUCUCUGUCCUUCCUCACCGAAGAGGAGAGGAGGUGGCUGAGCAGCGAGCAGGGGAUCCCCUUAACAGGUGAGGAGACUGAGGACAAACGUUCAGUUUGCGUCCUCGAGGUCCGUUUCUGUUUCAGGUGUCGGUUCUGAUGUCUGAUUUCUUCCUCCUGCAGCUCCAGAGCAGAUCAUCAUCAGUGACGAUGAUGAAGCUGUGGUCCGCUCAGCGCAGGAGGUGGAAGACGAGGCGCUGGCUCGAAGCCUUCAGGUACGAUCCGUCACCUGCUGACAGUCAGUACGUUUACACGACACUCAAGAAAACCGAAUUAUCGCCUUAUUCCGAUCAAGACCGGAUAACUGAAGGUCAUGUAAACACCUUAAUCCGACUGUAAUCGGAGUUUGAGAACUCUGACCUCUGAGGGACGAAGUUUAAAAGACAUUUAAGGGUUAAAAUGAUCGGAAAUAAAACAGAUUUUUAUGGUUUUCAGAUGAUUUCAAACCAACGUUGUCCAACAGGUUAGUCACAUGACUCUGGAGUGGGAAUCGGACAACUGGACUUAGAGACGAAACGUCUCGACUAAGUCCAGUUUUUCCAACGCUGUACGAUGCUCCGUCUUCUUGUUUCUCCAAAAUGCCCAGCAGCAGUUGUAGACACUUCUGACGUCUGACACCGACCUGCUGUUGUUGUUGACGGUUGUAAAGACCCAUAUCGCCCCCUAGUGUUGGGGAGGAGGACACGUUCACGUCAAUAAUUCGAUUUUCUCAUUCCCGAUUCAGCGAAAGAAACGAAUUAUGAGUUUAGUCCGAUUAAACUGUGACUGUAAACAUAUUGAUUGACAGCUCACUGGUGCAGAGGGGGGCGGGACUAGUAAUCCUCUGUUCUUCAUCAGGCCCAGUUCGACCAUGAGGAGGAGGAGGAGGCCCACAGCAGACACCACCAUCAUCACCAUCACUACCAUCAUCUUCAUCAGCAGCAGCAGCAGCAGCAGAGCUACAACAGGGUGAGACCUGCUCCUGGUUCUUUUCAGUCCACUAAAGUGUCUCCUCAUGUCCUUUCCUCAUGUCCUUUCCUCACCUGGUCCUGCUCAGGAAACAAAAGAGUAGACAGUGUGUGAAUGUCCUGACGUUGACCUCUGCUCUCACUCCUGCAGCACCACCCUUACAUGGAGUCCGGCUGGAUGCCUCACCUGCUGGCUGCUGUCUCUCCUCUGACCGGCUUUGAAGAAGGUGAGAUUCUCCUCACACACCAGGGCGUCAGUGACCCUCCAAACAGGACCAGAUUUAGACAGUAAAGGGGUUCAGCAGACUGGACAGUUCUCAGUCACAUGACAUCAAACAGACUGACGUGUGUGAACCUUCUUAGAGCGGGCGUCAGGGCGGUCAGCGCUCAGACUCACUUCAUCCUCUCACCUCUUCAGAGUCUGUGAAUCCAGGACUCGGUCUCUGCUGCAGGACUCUUCCUAAACUCUGGAUUUUGACCUUUCCCAUCAAUUUAGUCAGGUGUUCUUCUGAGUGAUCGGGCUCGACUGAUAUUUGUUUUUCAGGGCUGAUAAUGAGCAGUUAAUGAGGCUGAUCGUUUAUUCAGAGUCUUAUUCUGAGACUCAGAAACAUUCAGACCACGCUGAGUAUCCUAACGCCACUCCUGGGCACCUCAGUCCUGGUCGCAGGAUUUUUUUUUUGGUAGGAUGUUAGAAGAAGGUCCCGCCCUACUUCACCUCUGAUUGGCUAGAAGUGCUGCGCUCUGAUUGGUUAUUCCUUAUGGCUGUGAAAUGUCAUCGUCUGUCAGGUUAGGAGAUUCAGAAGUGCGAUAAUGUUCGAUGUUCAGAGCCGACAGCCCGCGUUCGGCUUGAGUGUGUGAUGACGCUUCACAGCCAAUCAGAGGUGAAGGAGGCGGGACCUUCUUCCAUCCUGCGAAAAAAAUAUCCUGUCCUGGUCACCACUGCACAUGUGCAGCUCCUUAGAGAUGGGAUUGGAGUAAGGUGGCUCACUUUAAGGCUUUUCUGGUUAGGGAGGGGAAUUGAUAAGAUUUUAUCGAUAUCGAUGUCGUUAUUGAUUCUGCUUAUCGAUUCAAUUCUUUAACAAUUCCCUUAUCAAUGUCUUUCUUUGAUUAAAAGAAAGUAGACUUUAGGUUUUCAGCGUUAACUCAAAACUUCUGAUACUGAUAACAGAAACAGACGUCUGCCGCCUUCAGUGAGAGUCUAAAACAAUCAAACAGAAAUGAUAUUUAUACAGAAUUUCAUCGUAUUUAUGUAAAUACAGGACAUAUGUUAGAGUGACCAUAUUCUGAAUCCACAAAAAGAGGACACGACCACACGGAGCGGACUUGAGUGUGCAGUGUUGAGCGUUUUUUUGUUUGUUUGUUUGUUUUGUUCUUCUAACUCAGUUAAACACAUUAUCCUGAGUUCCCAAAGACGGCACAUGCUGCGUCGCAUCAGUGACUUUGUUUAGAAGUGAGCGGAGGGGCGGAGCUGCAGAGAGGACUGAUCCUCUGCUCUGUUUUAUAAUCAAUGAAAACACGUUCAGGACAUUUGAAGGAUUUUAUAAACCCCCCCGGACAGCCCCCCGUAUGGUCACCCGUACAGACCCGUACUGCUCCGUUUCAGACGGCGCUGAAACGGAGCAGCAGCGGCUGACGACCGGUGUUCAACAGGUGUUGUGUCGUAGAAUGGACCCCUGACAGGAGCGUGGGUAGGCCUGUCACGAUAACAAAUUUUGCUGGACGAUAAUUGUGCUACAAAUUAUUGCCGAUAAACGAUAUUAUUGACACCGUUUUUUAAAUUAUAGAUAAUGAUAUUAAAUGGCAUAAUAAUGCGAGUACACCGUGUCAAAAGUGAUAAACUUUAAUUUUACCCACGACGAAGACGUAACGUUGACGAGCUAAACAUAAGUCGGAGAUGACUAAAAUGUGACGAGACGAAAGUGCGUUUACGUUGAUGGGACGAGACGAAAAUGACGAACAGAGUUGCAAAACUCAGUCAGUUAAACGCUAAACAUACAGGAGCAGCUUCAGUCCGCUCUGACAGCUCUCAUCAGCCUGCUGUGCUCCUCCAACACACAGACACACACGCGCGCACACACACACGUGGAGUUUUGUGGUUGACGAAAACAAAACUGGUUUAAAGCCGAAAUAUUCCCACACUUGGGCUGUUGCGUUCGGUUUAGACACCAAAGCUGUCGUGUUCAUUCUGUUUGCUUGCUUUUCACUCACGACGCUCACUUGCAGCACUGUAUCCAAAAGUCUGUGUCUGUGUGCCUGUGCGCGCGCCCCCCCCCCCCCCCCCCGUGACAAAGACACUGAAUGACUGACAGGAGGGUUCACUAACUCCGUUCAUUCCUCUAUACAGCCAACGCCCCCAGGUGCCGAGAACAAUGCGCAGAGUGAGACCUCUUCUCUCAUCCAGCGUGUUUGGUAGCGAGAGAGGAGGAAAACAAACGCACGUCAAUUAUCGAGGCUGGUAAAGUUAUCGACCUCGUUUUUAUUUAUCGAGCGAUAAGGCGAUUUAUUGAUUAUCGCGACAGGCCUAAGCGUGGGUCAAAGUUCAUAACAAGGUGAAAUGUUAUGGGAUACAUUCUACAACACAACACCGGAGGAAAGGAUCGAGUUCAUGUGACUCCUUAUAUUUGACGCCCCGUUGACAAAUGUGUUUCCAUCUUUGCUUGUUCUCACUGCUCGACAAACGUCGCACUGUCGUCGUCUUUCUGAGUAACAUUAAACCACGCUCGUUUCUGCCAACUUUUCGGACCGUCCGCCAUGUUUUCUCCUCUGUCUCUGUUCUCGUAUGCAGAAGAAAGGAAUGGUUUAGAUAAAAUGUAAAUGAUGUCGAUGGACUGAACCAUUUGGAACCAGUUCUUAACAAGAACCGGUUCUCGAUGCCCAUCCCUAUUUUUGGUGCACACUGUCUGUACGGUUUCAUCUUUUUGGUUCAGUGGUGUUUGAAGAAGCUUAGAGCCACGAUUGAGUAGAAGUGUAGAUCUCACGCCGUUCAGUGACCCCGGUGAAAGUUUGCUGGGGGGCUUUGAUGAAACUUCAGUAUCGAAAGUUAAAGUCCGUCAUAUAAUCCAGAGUAUUUAGAUCAACACCUCCAUCUUGAAUUAUCUGGAGGCUUCAGGUAAAGACGACUCUGGGUUUCUGUGAGCGUUUCAUUUCCAGGCGUCUCUCUCUUUAGUGAAUAAAUGAACUCAGACUCUGUCUUCGUCUUCGUCUGAUGACAGUGCGUUUGUUCUCUGCAGAUCUGAUUGGUCAGCCCAGAAGACGAGGGCGGGGCAGGAGGAGGAACAGACUGCCUGAGUUUUCAGACGACCUCCAGGGAGGCGACUACGAGGUGAGGAAGACCAGAGUCUGUUGGUGGUCCUGAAGUGUUCAGACCGUCUCUGUUCAGAGCUUCAGUCUCGUUUGUUAUAAAUCCUCCGCUGGGUUUUCAGGCUCUGCUGGCCUUCGAGGAGCGUCAGGGCGCCGUGGCGUCGAAGAAGCUGAGUCGGAGUGAGAUCCAGAGGUUCCCGAUCAAGUUUUAUCAGUCUGCGAACAACGCCGGGAACACACAGUGAGUCUGACCCAGGACCAGGACCAGGACCAGGACCAGGACUGGAGUGUAUUUAGGAGUCUGGAUUAUUUCAGGAUGUUAAGUGUCUGUUUGAUUGACAGGUGUCAGAUCUGUUUCUGUGACUACACUGACGGGGAGAAGCUGAGGAUGCUGCCCUGUUUCCAUGACUACCAUGCGCCCUGUAUAGACCGGUGGUUGAAGGUAAGAGCUGGCGACAGUUUGAUUGACAGACGGAGGUUCAGAUUAAUAAUCUGGAUUUUAAAAAAAAAAGGAUUUUAUUCAUGAGGAAUAAUUUAAACUGAAGUCCUCACGGGUCUUUGAGUGGGCUGGGCGAGAAAACGAUUAAUUAACUAAAAAACAUGAUCAAUAUACUGUUUGAUAGUCGUCAUUCUGACAUGUUUUGGUGGACGAUACGAACAGCCAAUACUAUAAUAAUGAUAUUCUGGAAGUUUCUGAAGACUCUCCGUCCUCUGCUGUGAGAGACAGCUGAUCGAACCCUGCUCGCUCUGACUGUGUUUCUCUCCGGCAGGAUAACACCACCUGUCCCAUCUGCAGAGCUAACCUGGCUGACAGCGACUCCCUCGCCCCCCAGCACCUCUGACCUCUGACCUCUGAACGUUCCCCCUGAGAGCCGACAGGUUUGAGCUCUCGGCGUGCCGGUGUUGGACUGUAGUUGGUGUCAGAGAGAGACGACUGCUUUGAGCGUUUUUAUAUUUUUAUUUAAUGUUUGCCUCAGAACUGAAUUCAGAAAUAAAACUUUUUAAAGAUGUUGGUUUUUUUCUGCUUUUAUGUCGAGGAGGAUUUCCAGUCUGCUGAUCAUCUUGAUUAAAGACGUCUUCCUCUCAUGUUUGUCUCGUGUUUCAGCAGGAUGUCUUUGAUAAAGUGGACGUGUUUCAGUCCCUCAGAGUCUCUGCUGCAGCGCUCACUCCUCGUAGUAACGUUUCUUCAUGGCUCUGUACUUCCUCAGGUAGUAAAGCGCCUCGAGCUCUCGGGACACAAACUCCCCUCGAGCGAUCAUCUCCUUGAUUUUCUGCGGGUCCUGCUCGGACUUGUUUUUGGUGAACGCAGCUCUCAGACGGUCCCUGAAGUAAUCGCCACCUUUAGGAUACUCUCGGCCGAGGUAGAGGAG